GAUAAAUGCGAGCUGAAAUUUAACAACAUGUUUAUGUUUUUAAAUUUUCUGUUUCAGCAUACCUAUCAACCUUACAAAAUGUCACUGAUCCAACUACAUGGAGGGAUAGCACAACUUCUAGAAACGAACCCCAAGGGGCAACCAUCAUGAGCCACGCAACCGCACAAAACCCUGUUGACCCGAAAGAUAUUCUGAUCGAGGAUCCAUCUGAAACUGACUGUAACGUAUGUGGUAAACAGUGUCCAUCUAAGCAGUGUCUUGAGAGACACAUGUGUCUCGUCCACAAUGGUUACUGUGAUGUCUGCAAUCAACGUAUUGACAAUGAGGACGCUGAGGCGCAUGGUUUGAAACAUAAUGGGCUUAAACCAGUACAGUGUGACACUUGUUUCAAACUUUUCAGCUCAAGAAGUGGAUUUGUGAAUCAUGUUACUAAAGAUUUGAUGUGUUUGUUGUGCAAUAAGACGUUUACAGUCACCAGUCGCGCCAAACACUUGAGAUUGCAUAAUAUGAGAUUGCAUUACAUAUGAGAUUGCAUAUGUGAGAUUGCAUACAAUGUGAAAUUGCAUAACAUGUGAGAUUGCAUAUGUGACAUCCCUUAUAAAAAAUCCGACCUUGAAAUUCCGAAAACAAACCAUCGCAAGCAAUCAUCGAUUAAUGAUUGCUUCAACCAUUUAGAUCAAAGGAAAAACCAUUGCAAAAUGACAUGCAAUCAUUGUGCAACCAUCGGCUGUAACCAUUAGAAUUUCACUCUGCAAUGGUUAAGCAACCAUUAACAUGUGAUCAUUGCAUUUUUAAAUGCAACCAUCUACAACCAUUACUCAUUGAAAUCUGCAAUGGUUGCAAUGGUCGCAUUCAAUCAUUGAACAUUUUUACAAUUGCAACCAUCAUGAGUUUUAAUUCAGUGAAAUGACCGUAGAACAUGUAGAAGUAUGUCUGAAGAAAUGUUGAUGUUAAUGCAUGUCCACAAUGUAAUUACUGUACAUCUAUAUUGGAGAGGGGUAAAAGUUAACCUUUCGGAG